GUCUCUCCAACAUGCCGGCCUGCCGAGCUUGCACGAGCCGCCCACUCACCAACCCCAUCAUGGCCUGUCCCAACAUUAUGCCCAAGCCCAUCAUCCUCUUCCGAUCCUCACAGAUUCGGGCCACAUGGGCGGACAUCCUGGCGCACGACACAUGGGUCAUUCCGGACCACCUCACUUUGGCGGACCGGGCCCUUCGCCACACACUGUAGUUGCGCCGCUUUACCCGCCUUUGACGCAUAACCACGGACAUGGCGGUGGGUUGAAACGACAACGGCCCGAAGAUCUCGAUCUCACAAUGCCUGGAAUCCCGAACCUUGAGCAAAAUGACCUGGACUCCAUGCAACAUACAUCGUUGGGAGCAGCCUACGCACAAGCAGCAGCGGCCCCGCCUCAGCAUCAUCAUCACCGCCUACCAGACACCGGCCCCCCAAACAAGCUUUUAAGACGGGAAGGGGAAGGUAGCGGCGGUGGUGGAGCUCCCAGUGUAGUUGGACAAGCAGGAAUGCCACCUCCAGCCCCGAGACCAAGAGGCCCCAAGCUCAAGUUUACGCCAGAGGACGACCAGCUGUUGAUCGACCUGAAGGAAAACAAGAGCUUAACCUGGAAGCAGAUUGCCGACUUUUUCCCUGGGCGAUCUUCAGGAACUCUUCAGGUGCGAUACUGUACAAAGUUGAAGGCGAAAACAACACAAUGGACGGAUGAAACGGACCAAAAGCUCAAGACGGCGCUGCAAGACUACGAAAACGAGAAGUGGAGGAUUAUUGCCAACAAAGUUGGGACAGGAUUCACCCCAGUAGCAUGUCGUGAGAGAGCGGCGGAGUUGAUGGGAGAGGACUUAUAGCAAUCAAUGUCCCCACCAGGAGUUUCGGCUUCUGUGUCUGGGGACACCGUCUAUUCCUCACAACUCCAGUGAGCAGCACACCGCAGUGCACAAGAUCUACCACGUCAAUACCCCAUGCGCAACGUCAAAAACUCGGCCAAUAUCCGAUGACAAUCGAUUUGACGGGGCAAAGAUUGAGUCAAACGCGGCCGAGUCGAAUCAAACAAAUACACCAACCGCGCGAAGCUUUCCGUUCGUGGA